GUAAAUCGAGUCCAUCUAUCAAUCCUCCUCCUCGCCCGUGUGCAGGGUAGACGUCCGCCUUUUAUCCUUACUGGAAGAAAAAUAAGAAUAUUAACAGAAAUAAGCCGCUCCGGGGGGUUGCCAGUCACGAGUCCAUCCGGCGGAGGAUACCGCUAUAAUGGGUGUUUUUCACGGAAGAGGACUUUAUAGCAGUUUUCGCAGAUUCUGAUAGAAAACAACACACGUCUUGACGCCCGUUAGCUUCCGUCGGUUCUCGCCACUGCCCGGUGGUGUUGUCUCGGUCUCCAAACGAAGGACAUACAAGGAAUCUUACUGGGAGACAGUCCUAAACCUCAAACAUGUCUGGGGCGUCCGUAAAAGUCGCCGUUCGAGUCCGGCCCUUCAACUCCAGGGAAACGAGCAAGGAGUCAAAAUGUAUAAUUCAGAUGCAGGGCAACACUACAACUAUCCUCAACCCCAAAGCCCCGAAGGAACCAGCCAAAACGUUCAGUUUUGACUACUCCUACUGGUCACACACCACGCCUGAAGACCCCAGCUUUGCAUCGCAGAACCUUGUGUACAAUGACAUUGGCAAGGAAAUGCUGGCGCAUGCUUUCGAAGGCUAUAACGUCUGCAUUUUCGCUUAUGGGCAGACAGGAGCUGGCAAAUCCUACACUAUGAUGGGGAAACAGGAGGAGGGCCAGGAAGGAAUCAUUCCUAUGCUAUGUGAAGAUCUAUUUGAGAAAAUCAAUGAGGACAACAAUAAAGAGGAGCUCUCCUACUCGGUAGAGGUCAGCUACAUGGAGAUCUACUGUGAGCGAGUGAGAGAUUUGCUCAAUCCCAAAAACAAAGGGAACCUGCGAGUGCGAGAACACCCGCUACUCGGUCCCUACGUGGAGGACCUGUCCAAACUAGCCGUCACGUCCUACACGGACAUCGCCGACCUAAUGGACGCAGGCAACAAGGCCCGAACUGUGGCUGCCACCAACAUGAAUGAGACGAGCAGCAGGUCCCAUGCUGUUUUCACCAUUGUUUUCACACAGAGGAAACACGACAGUGAGACAGAUCUCUCCACGGAAAAGGUCAGUAAAAUUAGCCUGGUAGAUUUGGCAGGGAGUGAACGAGCAGAUUCCACUGGAGCUAAAGGCACCAGGCUAAAGGAAGGAGCGAACAUCAAUAAAUCUCUGACCACGUUAGGAAAGGUUAUCUCUGCCUUGGCUGAAGUGGUGAGUGUGGAUAACUGUACCAGCAAGAGCAAGAAGAAGAAGAAGACCGACUUCAUCCCCUACAGAGACUCCGUUCUGACAUGGCUGCUGAGGGAGAACCUCGGUGGAAACUCCAGAACAGCUAUGGUCGCAGCCCUCAGUCCUGCAGAUAUCAACUACGAUGAAACCCUCAGCACGCUCCGCUAUGCUGACCGGGCAAAGAACAUCAAAUGCAAUGCUGUCAUCAAUGAGGAUCCCAACAACAAGUUGGUGCGUGAUCUGAAGGACGAAGUGGCUCGACUGAAGGAGCUGCUCCGCGCCCAGGGCCUGGGAGACAUCCUGGACAUUGAUCCUAUGGGGGAUGAUUGCCCAGGAAGUGGAAUCAAAUACCUCAAAGACAUUCAGAACAAUAAGCAUAGAUACUUGAUAGCUUCAGAGAACCAACGCCCUGGCCAUUUCUCCACAGCCCCUAUUGGUUCCCUGACAGCCUCUCCGUCCUCUGGCUCACUGUGCAGCCAGGGGGGCCUGCAGUCAGUCACCAGCAUCCAGGAGCGCAUCAUGUCCACACCUGGAGGAGAAGAGGCCAUUGAAAGACUCAAGGAAUCAGAAAAGAUCAUUGCCGAGCUCAAUGAAACCUGGGAAGAGAAACUGCGUAAGACUGAGGCGAUCCGCAUGGAGAGGGAGGCCUUGCUUGCAGAAAUGGGUGUGGCAAUCCGUGAAGACGGAGGCACUUUGGGUGUAUUCUCCCCUAAAAAGACUCCACACUUGGUUAACCUGAACGAGGAUCCUCUCAUGUCGGAGUGUCUGCUCUACUACAUCAAAGACGGAAUUACAAGGGUGGGUCAGGCUGAUGCUGAGAGAAGACAGGACAUUGUUUUAAGUGGUGCUCAUAUCAAGGAGGAGCACUGCAUCUUCCGCAGUGAAAGAAAUGCCAAUGGAGAUGUUAUCGUGUUGCUUGUGCCCUGCGAGGGAUCAGAAACCUACGUCAACGGAAAGCGUGUUGAGGAUGCAAUCCAGCUUCGUUCAGGCAACCGUAUCAUCAUGGGAAAGAACCACGUAUUCAGGUUCAACCACCCAGAGCAGGCUAGAGCCGAAAGGGAGAAGACGCCUUCCGCCGAAACCCCCGUGGAGCCGGUGGAUUGGACGUUUGCUCAGAGGGAACUUCUGGAGAAACAGGGCAUCGACAUGAAGCAGGAAAUGGAGAAAAGGCUCACUGAAAUGGAAAUCUUGUACAAGAAGGAGAAGGAGGAAGCAGACCAGCUUCUGGAGCAACAGCGACUGGUUUACGAGAGCAAAUUGCAGGAACUCCAGAAACAGGUGGAGACUCGUUCUCUGGUAGCCGAGACGCCUGACGAAGAAGAGCUGGAGGAGGAGGAAGAAGAGGAAGAGCCUAAACUACACGGAUUGCCGUGGACUCAGCACGAGUUCGAGCUGGCUCAGUGGGCCUUCAGGAAGUGGAGGUAUCAUCAAUUCACCUCCCUGCGUGACCAGCUGUGGGGGAACGCCGUCUAUCUGAAGGAGGCCAACGCCAUCAGUGUGGAGUUAAAGAAGAAAGUCCAGUUCCAGUUUGUCUUGCUGACAGACACGCUCUACUCUCCGCUGCCCCCCGAGCUGCAGACCCCGGAGCCGGAGAAAGAGCGGGACCCCAGGCCUUUCCCUCGCACCGUGGUGGCCGUAGAGGUUCAGGACCUAAAGAAUGGAGCCACGCACUACUGGUCCCUCGAGAAACUCAAGCAGAGGCUGGACCAGAUGAGAGAGAUGUACGACCGUGCUGGAGAAAUGGCCUCCACCCACCAGGAGGACUGCGAGGGCUCUCUGACAGGAAAUGACCCUUUCUACGACCGGUUCCACUGGUUUAAACUGGUGGGGAGCUCCCCCAUCUUCCACGGCUGCGUCAACGAGCACCUCACCGACCGCACGCCCUCGCCCACCUUCUCCACCACCGACUCGGAGAUCACGGAGCUGGCGGACGAGCGCCAGAGCGAGAUGUCCGACCUGAUCGACGACGAGGCGUUCGUGGACGACACCAGCUCGGACGCCGGCACCGAGGAGGGCUCGGACAUCUUCAGCGACGGCCAGGACCCCUUCUACGACCGCUCCCCCUGGUUCAUCCUGGUGGGAAGAGCUUUCGUGUACCUGAGCAACCUGCUGUACCCCGUGCCGCUGGUUCACCGCGUUGCCAUAGUAACGGAGAAGGGCGAGGUGCGCGGCUUCCUGCGCGUGGGGGUCCAGGCCAUAGCUGCCGACGAGGAGGCUCCAGAUUACGGGUCAGGAGUGAGGCAGUCAGGAACCGCCAAGAUUUCCUUUGAUGACGAGUACUUCAAAAAGAACGACUUUCCCUCCACGGUCAUGACCCGCUCCGGCAUGUCCCUGGAAGAGCUUCGGAUUGUGGAGGGUCAGGGCCAGAGUUCGGAGGUCAUCACACCCUCAGAGGAGCUCAACCGAAUCAAUGACAUGGACCUCAAGCUGGGUAACAUGGCAGAGACCAAGCUGGGCGAUGGUCUGGCGGGCCAGCUGGAGGUGGGCAGCAUCUUUACCUUCCGCGUUACCGUGCUGCAGGCCAGCGGCAUCCCACCGGAGUACGCGGACAUCUUCUGCCAGUUUAAUUUCCUGCACCGUCACGACGAGGCUUUUUCCACCGAGCCUCUGAAAAACACCGGCAAAGGAUCUCCUCUGGGCUUUUACCACGUCCAGAACAUUUCAGUAGAGGUCACGGAGUCUUUUAUUGAGUACAUCAAGAACAAACCUAUUGUGUUCGAAGUGUUUGGCCAUUACCAGCAGCACCCGCUGCAUCUUCACGGCCAGGACCUGAUCAGUCCUCCAACGCCAUCGAGGAAAUACUACCCUAUCCCCAUGCCUCUGUCUAAACCAGACCAUACCCGUAAGAUAGAGUUGAUCUGCUACCUCAUGAGCGGCUAUGUGCACGACAGAGUGCUGGACACGCUGUCCGAGCACGCCAACGCCCUCGCCUCCACUGCUGUGGCCAGUCUGGAGGACGAGGCCGACCAGCUCUCGCACUUCCCCUUCCUCCCGGCAGCCGCUGACCCCGUGCUUAUUGUGCCCAGGCACCAUGUUCCAGCCACCAAGCUGAACACCAUCACCAAGUCCAACCUGGGCCAGUGUGUCAGCAAGUACGACCUGCUGGUGUGGUUUGAGAUCAGCGAGCUGGAGCCCACUGGAGAGUACAUUCCAGCUGUGGUGGACCACAGCGGAGGACUACCCUGCCAUGGCACCUACCUGCUGCACCAGGGGAUCCAGCGGAGGAUCACGGUCACUCUCAUCCACGAGAAGGGCAGCGAGCUCCACUGGAAGGACGUCCGUGAGCUGGUCGUGGGUCGCAUCAGGAACAAGGCGGAAGUGGACGAUGGCGCGGCUGACGCCGUCCUCUCGCUUAACAUCAUUUCUGCCAAGAACAUCAAGUCGUCCCACAACACCAACAGGCUUUCUAUUGAUAAGGAUAUUGAUAGGACCUUCUAUCGCUUCGAGGCCGUGUGGGACAGCUCCCUGCACAACUCCCUCCUCCUGAACCGGGUCACUCCUUACGGAGAGAAGAUCUACAUGACCUUGUCCGCAUAUCUGGAGCUGGACCACUGCAUCCAGCCUGCCAUCAUUACCAAAGACAUCUGCAUGGUGUUCUACUCCCGAGACGCCAAGAUCUCCCCUCCACGUUCUCUCAAGAACCUCUUUGGGAGCGGAUACUCCAAAACUCCUGACUGCAACCGAGUCACCGGCAUCUACGAGCUGAGCUUGUGCAAGAUGUCCGACACUGGAAGUCCAGGGAUGCAGCGGAGGAGGAGGAAGGUCCUGGACACGUCGGUGGCUUACGUGCGAGGAGAGGAGAACCUGGCCGGGUGGAGGCCCAGAGGAGACAGCCUCAUCCUGGAGCACCAGUGGGAGCUGGAGAAAAUGGAGCAGCUGCACGAGGUGGAGAAGACCCGUCACCUCCUCCUGCUGAGGGAGAAGAUCGGAGACGCGGCUCCGGUGGGGACGGCUCCCACCACCAAGUCCCUGAGCGAGCUGCUCUCCCCCAGCAUGAGCACGGGCUCUCUGUCCACCUCCACCUCCAUCUCCUCGCAGAUCUCCAGCACCACCUUCGAAAGCGCCAUCACGCCCAGCGAGAGCAGCGGCUACGACUCGGCUGACAUCGAGAGCCUGGUGGACCGCGAGAAGGAGCUGGCGACCAAGUGCCUGCGUCUCCUCACGCACACCUUCAACAGUGAAUACAACCAGGUGGUGAACAGUAUCAGCGACUGCAAGCUCUCCGACAUCUCACCCAUGGGACGUGACCCAUCAGUGACCAGCUUCAGCAGCGCCACCCUCACCCCCUCCUCCACCUGCCCCUCUCUGUCCGGCUCCGUAGACCAGAAGACCCCAGAGAACAGCUCUCGUGCCUCCAGUCCCUCCUGCUCAGACUACGAGAACUUCCCCAUGGUUCCCACCCUGGAGACCUCCUACCUUGCACGGGCCGGAAAGAACGAGUUCCUCAACUUGGUGCCUGAUAUCGAAGAAAUGAGGCCGGGAUCUGUCGUGUCGAAGAAGGGUUUCCUGAGCUUCAUGGAGCCGCGCUCCAACUCGUGGGUGAAGCACUUUGUGGUUGUUCGUCGGCCCUACGUCUUCAUCUACAACAGCGACAAGGACCCGGUGGAGCGAGGCGUCCUCAACCUCUCCACGGCGCAGGUGGAAUACAGCGAAGACCAGCAGGCCAUGCUCAAGACCCCCAACACGUUUGCCGUGUGCACAAAGCAUCGAGGAAUCCUCCUGCAGGCCAACAACGAGAAGGACAUGAACGACUGGUUGUACGCUUUUAAUCCUCUGCUGGCAGGAACAAUAAGAUCUAAGCUGGCGAGGAGACGCAGCGGCCUGACGAAGAACUGAGCGAAACCACGGCUUCCAUCCCCUCUGAACAGCCUUCGAACAUACCAAGUGUUAACACUUAUUAAUCAUUGUGAUUCUUGACGGUUUUCUCUUGUAAGUAGACUUGUGGCUUAAGUCUCCUUUCAUGCGACUAAAAGUUUCAGUUCCAGAGGAAUUUGCGCCCCCGCCCCUUUUUCCCUCCAACCAACCCUCCUCCUUCCUCCUCCUCCUUCCUCCUCCUCUUCCUCCCCCUCAGCCCUUUGUGUUUUUGUUUUUAUGACGAUGUUAAGGUCUGAUUUUUCCGUUCCGCUUUGUCGUCAUUCCCCAACUCCCCUAACUAGUAGCAUGUUGUAGUAGUCUACGUGUGUGUGCACGACUCUUCAGAAGCUGUUCUUUCUGGCCACCGACUUUCAGUUUUGCCAAUCAUCUUGUAAAAAUCGAGAAAACAAACAAACAAACAAAAAAAAAAAAAAACGUCUCUAUCAGUGUUACUCGUCUCCCGAAAUGAGUUCAGUUUUUUUUUUUUUUUUUCUUUUUAUAUAAUAUGCUCGCAUGAUAACUGCAGCAGUCCUCAGGAGAAGAACGGGUUUGUGCUCGCUCCAAAAAAAUCAAAUAAAAUUUAAAAAAAAAAAAAAAAAAUCAAAUCUGAUAAACAUUUGAAAUCAUGAGGGGAAAAAAAUCUACAAAUGUUUCCAAGCAGUUGAUUAGUUUCCGCUCUGCUUCACGAACCGAUGCUGCUCAUUCUUCGUCUCUUUGUUGAGAUCCGGCCCGCCGCCUCUUCCUCGAUCGGACCCCAGCCCGCCGCGAACCCGGCCGCGAACCCGAACACAAAUUUUUGUGAAUGAAAUUCGUCGGGGUUCCGGCGAGAACGCGACGGACGUCCGUCGUCCUCGCUCUCUGUACAUACGCAGACUCCCAACCUCGGGCCGCGCCGCUGUCAAGUCAGUCAGUCAGUCAGUCAGUCAGUGAGGAAGUGCUCAUGCUUCUGUGUCAGUGGAUACGACGAGAACAUUUCAUCCCUUCGCAAUGAAAACAUGACGCUUGCUAUUUCAUCUCAACAGAAAAAAAAAAAAAAAAAGAACAGUUAAUAUGAGACGAGGAGGAUUGGGAGGAGGAAGAUGGACUGUGCUCUGAUGAGAGAACUUCAUUUGUACAUACAGUCUGUUCUGGGAUCAGUGUGGUAGUUCACUCUUAUUUAAGACAUUCCUCUUAGCUCCUCUAGCUUACACUAACACGCUGAGCCUCAGAGAGACCUCUUGUUUUUUUUUUUUUUUUAUUUAACCAUAACGCACUUGUGAUACUGAACGUAGUGAAAGAGGAGGCAGACGUUACUACUGGUACGAAGGAGCUUUCAGCCGUUAGCUGAAGAAAAGCUGCAGGACGGGUAAACACACAGUCCCAUGACUCCCCUCGCCGCCACGCCAGGGUGGUGGGGUGGGUUAGAAAUCUGUUCCGCAGCUCCACAGGUCAACGCACGGUCAUUUUCUAUAUCAAUCGAAAACCUCUUAACUCAUCCAAAUCUGUGUUGUUGUUGUUGUUUUUCUUUUUCUUUCGCUUUUUAACCAUUCCUCAUCGAAGUUUUAUAUGAACUGUAACCGAGGGCAUUUAUGUUUCUUCAUUUCGGUUGAGGUGUCUAACCUUAUUUUGCACAUUAACACAUAUCUAUAGCAAGACGGAGGCAAGGUCGCGCGCGUCGAGUCCCGGGUUACUUCAGGAACAGAGCGAUAGGAGCACAUAUCGAGGCCACACUGGACGACAGCAGCUUCCCUGAAAAGGGUUUCGCUAGAAAGAAAGACGCGACGCGAAGAAAAAGGGACGACACGGUCUGAUGCUGUUCCGUGGGAAUAUUUGCUCUGCUUCGCCGCGCGGCUCCUGGGUCAAGACGUGGCGUCUCUGCUUCUGCGAGAGUGGGGGGGCUUUGUUUUCGAUGUUCAGACGGGCAUUAAUGAACUCUGGCCUACAAACCAGUAGUAAUGCUGCUGUUUGAUGUGAGAGGGACCUUUAAAGGGUGCGGAAGCAGAGGAGCCGCGUCAUUAUCAGUGACAUUUCUUCACUGUUUGCUCGCGCGAAGACAGAAAACGUUCACCUCAGAUUGGGUGAUAACUGCAGAGUGGCCUCGGGUCAACCAACCCGCUGGACCCUUUUUUGAGUUUUUAUCAUUUCUGAGGAGAAAUGUUUCCUAAAUCGCGAUAAUAGUAAUUAAUAACGACAAAACGUCUAUGCACUGAUCAGUAAUCGCUCCUGGUGCAACACGAAGAGAUGCAUAUUUCUGCCAGCGGCCGUCAGAGCAAACAUUUUCACUUUGUAUGACUAAUUUGCAGAGGUAUAUUAUUUUGGAUUGUGUAUUUAUUGUUUGCAAUGUACAUAUUAGUUUGCAGCUCUUUGCACAUAUUAAUAAAAGGUUCAACUAACUGGUCAACGUGAAGUCUGUGCGGUUUAGUUGUUCUGCUCGCAAUGAACCAAAUGAUGGCACGGCAGCCUGAAUGAUACAGAAGACAGGGAUAAAAGAAAAGAAAAGAAAAGAAAAGGGAGAAAGAGACCUAACCAGCUGCGAUCUCUUCAGCGGGAAGUGUUUGGAGUGAAUCGAAAGUCUGCUUUUUAGGCGUUUUACUCACAGCUCAUGCUUGUCAGCCAUCUGAAUUCUAACAAAAUAAAGGUGGUUUUUAACUUUUUUUUUUUUUUUCUAAUAUCAGGGAAUACAACACGACGUAGCUAGUUACAUCUAAAACGACAGUAUACUAUUGUUUGUGUCUUUCUUCACCUCUUUUCUUUUCCGUUGAUGCCUUUCAAAACUAAACUAGCCAUGAUAUAUAUAUAUAUAUAUUUUAUUUUAUUUUAUUUUUUCUCCACCUUCCCCUCUGACAAUUAAUAUCAGUUAUAACUGCGUUCCCUUUUCGGAUUUGUUCACCACAAAGAAACGGCAACAAACGACAUUAACACUGUACAUUAUUUGUCAGACUGGUUUCAUUUUCAUACUUAUUUUGUAAAUAUCUGUGUUGUAUGGAGCUUGAACUAAAAUGUAAAUAUGUUUACUGUAUUUGUAAUAAUUAUAAUCCAUUCGCUGUAUAGCAUAGAUGUGUCAUGCAGAUAUCCUAAUUCUGUGUAUGGUAAUCUUGCACCAUUGAACUGUUUAGUGAAUGAGGCAACAAUAAAAGUGCAAACUGUGCAUUGGCAGAACAA